AUGAAAGUGGACUCUAAAUCUUCGAAGGUCCUCGCCUCUUCGAAGAAAAAUCAGAAAAAGAAGGCUAAGAAAAAGAAAAGCACUACCAAGAAGGACAAUGAGGAGUAUGUUGAGAACAUCCAGGAAGCAAAAAAACUCAAAGCGAAGUUCCAAUCAAAGAAGAAAACUAAAGACGACGACAUGGCCUUUUUAAAGGUGACUGAGACCUAUCAUAGCUUAAAGGUUACCGCUUCAAGCAGUGACGGUCCAAAGGUGCGGAACUCCCAAACUCACAAUAACCUUCUCAAGCGAGCGGAAGAGGCUCAAGUGAAUCGAAUUUUUCAGAUCGAGUUCCGCACAGAAGUUCUUCAGACCUUAUGGAUGUGCGCGUUGUGUCAUCAGCGAUCAGCUCAAGACGAGAUGGGCGAUCUAUUUGGACCCUAUUAUGUUAAUAUUAGACCAGAGGGACAGUGGCCCAGCUUCCUAUUCAAAAAGUCUCUAAAGGUACUUGUUUCAUUAUGUGAUCGUAGUAUUUUUGUGAAUUAG